AUGGAUCUGACUGUUAGGUCUUCAGGAGAAGGCGAACACAGCCCCGACUGGCCUGUCAAAGAGACCGACAACGAAGACGAGCUAUCCGAUUCCACUGCCGCCGACUUUGCGCCUCGAGGAGCAUCGAAAUUCCAGACCCGUAUACGGAGCAAACUACCGAAACCUCUGAACCUCAAGGCAUCGCGCCAGACGGCUGCUCUGGGUCGGUUGUACGAUGUCUGCUCAUCCGCGUUGAACUCGCGUCUGGGCCGAAACGAUAAUGAGAGAUUCUUGGAACAAUUUGGCUACGUUAUUGUCGCCUCGCAACUACUGAACGAACAUAAUGCUCCGUCCUACACCUCCGCUACCGACGUCCUAUCGAAUACAGUCCCGACGGACCUUCCCACGCUAUCCACCACAUUCGGCUUACAGGGGGCGUUUGUCACCGCCUCGACCUCGUUCUCAAUUGCUUGGUUAUUACAUUGGAGCCGACCUCGAACCGGGACGGGCAUCAACCCUCGAAAAGUCGGCGUUCUACUAGUAUUGGUCCCGGUGCUUGGAGUCCUAUUCUACGCUUUCGCGAGGCGUCAGUGGAUCAAAUACCUGCGACAUCAAGCUGUGGAUGCGGCAAUGCUCUUUAUUGGCAAUGCUCAGGGGUUUGACUCGGCGGCUUCGGCAAGUACACCUCUACCCCCGGUCAGUAGACUCGAGGACCAGGCCCAAGUCCGUCGUUGCCUCAGACUACGUCACAUCGUAUCCGAGUGCUUCUACUCUAUGCUUGGCCACUACAUCCAAGCGCAGCAUGCCCUACAACCGCUGACGGACAGCGCAAAUCUCGCUAAAUAUCAUGACAUCUACGAUAUUUCGCGAGAAGACCUCAUCGAGAUCGAAAGUGCCUUUGCUGAUCGAGAAAAUGAAGACCGGUUUUCUUUACGUGGCCUUCGGACGCUGUUUGGAAGAUUAUAUCUUGUUAGGAAAAGCAUCCUUUGCUGUCUUUUGGCUCUUGGGGCCGACGGGGGCGGGUCGGACAUUGCGAGGUGGAGCACCGCUAUUGAGCAGAUGAGAAACUUGACCACAGUGACUGGCGACAGCAUGCAAAGAAUGACAAACAUACUGAACGAAGAAGAUCGCACGGCUGAUGUCCCACCAUCGCCACUUCCGACAGCUUCUCCUGGCAAAGACCGCCUUCGCGCUCAAUACAGGAAGCUGAAUUCACUCUCUCAGGGCAUUCGUGCCCUGCACGCAAAGAUGCACAUUUUUAAGGAGAUGUCUACAAACGACGUCGAAACUGACACCAGCGAGCUAGAAGCUUCACUUCUAGCUCAGUACGAAUCAAUCGGGACUGAUAUCAAGGGCUUGCUCCAGGAAUGGGAAACCGGCAAGUCCAGCCUUAUGAGCAGUCUCGACAACCAGUCCGUUGCGACUCGUUCGCGGCCACCGAGCGGGCUUUUCCCUGUAUCACCCACACCCAGCCUAGGCGGCACCACCGCGGUGGAAGGUAGUCCGUCCGAUGCGUUGAGAGCCUUGAACGGCGAAAGCAGGCCUGUCUCGGGUAUCACCUAUAGCAUCGACGAUGCCGAAGAGAUUUUCGAGGCCGUUGCCCUUCCCCGAAGUAACAAGCGGGCAUCUUUGACUCGAGAAGAGCGUAUUGCGCGGGUAAAAGAAGAUCGAGCGAAACAAGCCGCUGCGCGAGACCGGAUGGAUGCUAAUACCCACAUGCUGAAAGAGCUUGAGAUGAAUCCUCAACUUCACAUCCUCGUCUCCCUCUUUCCCCACGCUUCUCACCGCAUCCCAUCCUCAUCACUCAAUCACACAUUAAACAGCACAUCAAGAUGUUGGAAGCCCGCCUCGAACAAGCCAGUCUCCUCAAGCGCGUACGUUGCCUCCAAUCCCACAAUUUUCCUCUCCGACCAUAACUCACAACUUCCCCUUCAGGUCGUCGACGCCAUCAAAGAUCUCGUGCAGUACUGCAACUUCGACUGCAAUGACUCCGGAAUCGCCCUUCAGGCCAUGGACAACUCCCACGUUGCCCUGGUCUCCAUGCUCCUCAAGGCCGAGGGCUUCUCUCCCUACCGCUGCGACCGCAACAUCCCCAUUGGUAUCGAUCUGGUCUCCCUGACCAAGGUCCUGCGGGCUGCUCAAAACGAAGAUAUCCUCACCCUGAAGGCGGACGACUCUCCCGAUGUCGUUAACCUGAUGUUCGAGAGCGCAGAGACGGACAGGCUGAGCGAGUACGAUAUUAAGUUGAUGGACAUUGACCAGGAGCACCUUGCCAUCCCGGAGACGGAGUACGCUGCGACGGUUGAGAUGCCCUCGGCAGAGUUCCAACGAAUUUGCAGGGAUCUUAACGCGCUCUCCGAGUCAGUCGUCAUCGAAGCAACAAAAGAAGGCGUCAAGUUCUCCUGCCAGGGCGACAUCGGCAGCGGCUCCGUCACAAUCCGCCAGCACACAAGCGUCGACAAGCCCGAGCAGAACGUCUCCAUUGUCCUCAGCGAACCCGUCGCCCUCACAUUCUCCCUCAAGUACCUCGUCAACUUCUGCAAGGCCACCAACCUCUCCAGCACCGUCAGCCUCUCGCUCUCCCAGGAAGUCCCUCUGCUCGUCGAGUACGGUCUUGGUAGCGGUCACCUGAGGUUCUAUCUCGCUCCCAAGAUCGGUGACGAGGAGUAA